ACUCUGAACCACUCAACGAUCAAACAUUCUCAAACGUCGCUUUUCUUUCAGCACAACCAGACACGAUCAAGGCUUAACCCUAGACAUCUCUAGGUAGUCCGCAUUAUGGAUAUUGACGAUGAUGAUGAUUUCUACGCUCCCGACGAGCCCACAAUCCACAACGAUCACCCCGACCCUACCACAACAAACGUAACUACUCUACCUAUACAAUCGCAGCCGCAACAACAGCAGCAGCAGCAGCAGCAACAACCAGAACACCCAAAUGAAGAAGACCUAGAAGAAGGAGAAGAAGAGGAUGAAGGUGCUGAAAUGGAUGAAGACGACUCGGAUAUAGAUAUCAUCACAGAACGAAAGGAUGGUACAAAUGCUCCUCCACCAACUCAAUCGCGGUACAGCGACAUAAGAAACAUACCACAACGGUCGGCUUCGAGUGAUGCCACCACCAAGCCCGCCGCUGUCAAGAAGGACGAUGCAUCAACGCGACCUGCCGUCAGUUCCGACCUACCUGCGGUAUCUACAUCGAAGGUGGACGUCAAUGCAAUACCCGUCUAUAAACCAGUGGGAAAACCCAUCACCCAAGUCAGCAUCGAUGAAGACCUCGCGGAGAAUGACAAACCUUGGCGAAAACCUGGCACCGACCUCAGCGACUAUUUCAACUACGGCUUCGACGAGUUUACCUGGUCUCUAUACGCCGCCAAGCAGGACAACGUCCGCAACGAGUACAGUUCGGAUGCCAUUGCUCAGAAUAACAAGAAGAUGUUCGAGGACAUCCAGAUGAUGAUGAUGGGCGGCAUGCCGGGAAUAAGUGGGGCAGGCGCAUCAGGUAGCAUGGCAAACAUGCCCGGAAUGGACGGUAUUUCCCCCGAGAUGCAAGCCAUGAUGCAACAGAUGAUGGCGUCCGGUCUUGACCCAAGUCAGAUGGAUCCUUCUGCCAUGUCCGCCAUGUUCUCUGGCAUGCAAAACCCCGGAGGCAACGCUACUGGAGGACAAGGUAACCAGAGUCAGAAUUUCGGCGGGGUCGGCCAGGGAUUCAGCGGUAACCAAGGACAGAACUUCGGCUAUGAGCAAAACAUGGGACGAGGCGGAGGCGGCGGCGGAGGAGGGGGAGGUGGAGGGGGAGGAGCUGGGGGAACUGGGGGAUUUAGUGGCCGUGGUCGAGGCGGACGCAGGAAUUGGACGUAGGGGUUAGUAAGAGCGGUUGUUACCUCUUCACUACGUAUCCAUAAUGCUUGGAAUUGCCCCUCUUGAUCAUUAUAUCAGAGGUGGAUUUCAAGAGAGGACGAGUACUCCGAGUAGUUGUUGGAAUGCCAUCUCGUAAUCGUCUCGCAAUAUCCAGUCGUCCAGAGUGAUUUGGUUUUACGCGGCCACUCGUAUUGCGGUCUGGGGAAAUGCUUUCCUCAUCCCGCUCAGCAACAAGAUAUUUAUACUACGAAUACCGAUUGCAUUGGUGAGCGCUGGACAUUUC